CUCACUGCCUCUGCUAUUGUUCGACUGCUUCGACACCCUGAGAGAGGAAUCGCCGGUUGUAGAUUCGCCGAUCGUAGUCGUCACUCGUCAGUCGUACUCUUGAGCCCACUGCCCAGCUUCGACUCGGCAACUCCCUCGCCUGAAAUACUCAAUCGCCGAGAGCCUGAGACGCCGACGCCCUCAAUCCCAAUUGAAUCAGCUAGUUGAUGAAGCGAUCAAUUGAUUGUGCGCAAUCACAGUCACAAGAAGUGCCUUCAACGAAUGUUUCUCAUGACUCUCAUGUAGAGACAGUUCAAAAUGAAGAUACAAGUCUUUCGACAACAGAUUGGAUUCGUGCACAACUUCGCAAACCAAAACUUGAUAUGGAAGAGAAUUUAGAAGAAUUAGAAAAAAUGGAGAAAGAUUUGAAGAAUGCAAACAUUGAUGAUGAUUUGAUCUUUGUCACGGAAUGAAGAAAGUGAUUACAACUUUCCUCGCCGGCCCGGCCAUAUUCAACUUUUGCAUGAGGGAAGCAUAUCAUAAUAUAGCCAAAGAGAAAAAUUAAAAAUAAAAAGAAACUUUAAAUGAUCAUAUCGCGUGGCAGCUGGCAGCAAGGAGCCUUCGGGCUUUGUUUGGUUCAUCCAAAUCCAUAUGAUUCCUUCCCACUUGAUUUCACAUAAGCUUCCGGGCUGCACCCCACGUUUUUUUUUUCCAAAGUCAAUUCCAACCUCAUAUCUUUCUACUUUUCAACACUUUUUUAUGCAUUAUGUCCCGUCAAAAUAGACAUUAGAGGAUUAUGAAAAUUCUUAUUAUUAUUAUAACUAUUGUUGUCGAUAAUAAUUCCAACAUCAUCUUUAAUGAUAGUAAGAAAAAAUGACAUUUUUUUUAAUAGUCACGAACAAGUUGUAUAGAGUACCAACAUCUUUAAGCAAUUUUAAUAGGAAAUACUUGGGGAAUCCUAAGCAUUUGACACGGCUAACACAAACAGACACAUACAAUAACUCAAUGUUUGUGUGCGCAAGAUAUUGGGUGUCUGUCUUAGCCUUGGUGUGCAUUAUUUGACACCAAAUGUACACCAAGAGUAACACCAAAUACUUGGAGGCCCUAAGCAUUUGACACCAAAUGUACACCAAGGCUAAGGCUGCCAGACACACAAUGUUUGUGUGCAAGACAUUGAUUGUUUGUGUGUGUCUGUCUUAACUUUGGUGUGCAUUUGGUGUAAAGUUCUU